AUGAAGAAGUACGUGACGGUACUGCAGUCUUGGUUCAAAAGCUGGGUCACAACUGGUAGCAAUCCCUUUGUACACUCCUGCUUGUACGGUGUGAACUUCCCAACAUGCGUACAAGUCGCGUAUGCCACCCUAGCUAGUUAUGUGUAUCGGACGCCUGCGAAUACAGAAAUCGUCCUCCGCAUAGUGGAAGAUCGAUCGAACGACUUGUUACUGGAGAAUGGAGCCGUUUUAGAUCAAACUACUGCAGGGAAGUGGGUCGAUGUUGCAGGUCGUCAUGACGAUCUAUGGGGGCAACUGACACGUCUUCAUGCCCUUUUAGUCUACCAGAUGAUCGGUCUCUUCGAUGGUGACGUCCGCGCCCGUCAUGUCGCUGAAGGACAUAUGGCGAUACAGGAUAGCUGGGCUGGAAAACUCUUCUCCACUGCCAGAACCGCAUUGUCGAGCGAACAAGACAGCAUCGCUCAUCUCGCCAACUGCCUACCCAAGCUGUCUACUUACCUACAGCAACAGUGGUACUCGUGGAUACUGUCAGAAAGUAUCCGUCGCACCUGGCUCGUGGCCGUCAGUCUAUCGCCUGUCUUCUCGGUCCUCCAGCAGCGCUGGGGAACCUGUCCUGGUGGCAUCAUGUACACCAAUCGAAGUGGUCUUUGGGAUGCUACGAGCGCUGGGGAGUGGGAAAGACAGUGUUUGGAGAAGAAUGUGGCCUUCCUACAGCGCUUCGAGUGUGCGAGGCUUUUUCACUAUGCGAAACCAGCUGAUGUUGAUGAGUUUGGCAUCGCGAUGCUCGAGAUGACCUUCAGCGGGGAUUCAUUGGAGAACUGGAGGGAUAGAACUGGCGGCUUGUAG